AUGACGUCCCAACCACACGAACACGACCUCGAGGUCCCCGGGGACGAGCGCCCCAACCCCUACCGCUCAGAGAGCCGAUGGCGACACCAGGAGUCGACGGCUUUUGCUCGUCACGCCGGCCAGGCCCGCGAUCCGCACACGGCCAGCGCCAACACUCAAGACCUGACCAACUUCCUCAACUCCACGAGAGUCGAGAGCGACAGGCCCCCCACCGGCGGCACCGGCAACUUCACCCCGAUCGUCAUUGGCCCCGAUGGUGCUACCGACGGUGUUGGCGCUGUUAGCGACGGCAAGGAAGUCGUGUGUGGGCCCUUGUUGAACUAUCGCCGCCAGGAGGGCAACGUCUGGUAUGGAAGUGUGCUCAUCGUCACCAAGGGCGGAGGCAAGACCCAGAGCUUCCAGCCCACGCUGCACAUUGGACGUGUCGAGGUCGCCGAUCAACAACAGGGUCUUGUCGGAGAGGGCGCCGCUGCCAAUGGGGUGUCCCAGGGCAACGGUGCGGUUGAGAGCCGCCACGGAGCCGAGGUCCAAGGGAACUGUCUAUACUCUGAUCCCCGAAACACCUUUUGGCAGUUUCACCUCAGGUGCGACAUGCUCGACACCGAGACCAAGUGGGCAUACUCGAUCUCCGAUGUGCGCUACAAGAGCUCCACCCAGCCCGUAACAAACUACUUCUUCAUUCCUGCCACGACCGAGUCGAUGAGGAUCAUGUUCCACUCUUGCAAUGGAUUCAGUGUUGGCACUGACGAGGAAGCUUGGAGCGGCCCAGCGCUCUGGAACGACGUCCUGCGCCGGCAUGCCGAAGCUCCCUUCCACGUCAUGCUUGGAGGCGGCGACCAGAUCUACAAUGACGGGAUCCGUGUCAAUGGGCCCUUGAGGCAGUGGACUGACAUUGGCAACCCGAAGAAGAGGAGGGAGUACCCGUUCCCCGAGAAGCUCCGAGCAGAGUGCGACGAUUACUACCUGCAGAACUACAUCCGCUGGUACUCAACCGAGCCCUUUGCGCAGGCCAAUGGACAGAUUGCGCAGCUCAACAUCUGGGACGACCACGACAUCAUCGACGGGUUCGGUUCUUACGUGAACGAGUUCAUGAAGUGUGAUGUAUUCCGCGGUAUUGGUGGCACUGCUCACAAGUACUACAUGCUGUUCCAGCAUCACCUGGCACCCCCCACCUCAACCUAUACCACCUCUGCGCCGCAGACCAUGGAGGCCGGAGACGCCGUGGACAACGCCCAAGUCAAGGACACUUUCGUUGCGCCGGCUACGCUGCAAAACGAGCCUGGAUACAUCAUUGGUAGCAGACCCGGCCCGUAUGUUGCAGAGCACUCCAUGAACAUGUUUUCCAGACUCGGAGCCCGCAUGGCCUUCCUGGGUAUCGACGCUCGCACUGAGCGUACCCGUCAUCAGGUCAACUACCCCGAGACAUAUGAUCUCAUCUUCCAGCGCGUGCGAGACGAGCUUGGUGCCGCUGCACAGGCUGGCAACCCUUACAAGCACUUGAUCCUGCUCCUGGGAAUUCCCAUCGCGUACCCCAGGUUGACCUGGUUGGAGAACGUAUUUUCCAGCCCGCUCAUCGCACCAAUCAAGUUCUUGAACCGCAGAUUCGGUUUCGGUGGCGGCGUCUUCAACCACUUUGACGGCAGUGUAGAUUUGCUUGACGACCUGGACGACCAUUACACGGCUCGGACUCAUAAGAAGGAGCGUAACAUGUUCAUUGAGCGGCUGCAGACCAUUUGCUCCGAGUUCUCGAUCAGAAUCACGAUUCUGGGCGGCGACGUGCAUUUGGCGGCAUUGGGACGAUUCUACUCGAACCCGGACCUCCACAUCCCAGCAGACCAAGAUCACCGUUACAUGGUCAACGUGGUGUCGUCGGCAAUUGUCAACAAGCCUCCCCCGGCCGCCAUCGCGAAUCUGCUGGCCAAGCGUAACAAGAUCCACCAUCUGAACCCCGACACCGAUGAGACCCUUCUGAGUCUGUUCAACAAGGACCCUGGCAACUCGAACAAGACUGCCAACUCAAACCAUGUUACGAUGCCCAGUCGUAACUACGCCAUCAUCACGGAGAACUCGCCCAACAACCACGCCGCUGCCACAAAUGGCUCUGCCCAUGCAACAAACGGCGAGACCGCUGAGCCCCAGUUCGACGGCAAAGAUGGCCAUUCGUUCCUCCACAAGGGCGAGCUGAGCGCAGGUACGCAGCACAAGGCUGCUGCGCCUGCGACUCACGGCAAGAACAAUGACGGAUCACUCGACUGUGUUAUUCGAGUUGAGAUAGAUCAGCACGACAAGGACGGCCACACGGAGCCGUACGGCCUUACCAUCCCUGCGCUCAACUACGAACCGGGCAAGUACACGGAGACACUUGCGCACCACCGUCCUCACCUGCACUCCUCUUCCAGACCGAACACGCGGCCUGGCACCGCCUCAGCCGCGAGCCAACACACAAAUCGGCAGUAA